UGCUGCUGCAACUUCCUCUGUCAUUUCUCUUCAGUCUCAUCCCAAGUCGGUGUCCCGGGAGCAGGUUGGGGAAAGUCUGCGACCCCUGUGCCCCUCACUGACUGGAUUUUGUCACCAUGGGACUGACCCCUUAAGAGGAACAUUUGUGUCCCCCCCACUGACUAUUUGUCUUCCUUUAUAGCCACAUGUUGUGCUGAGCCCGACCCCCCCAUCAUGUUUCAGAGCUUUGAUCUGGUCUCAGUUUUAGCGACUGUCGCCGCCUCCCUCGUGUCUCUGGUUCUUCUCCUGGCGGUGUCUCAGCAGCUCUGGCAGCUCCGGUGGGCGGCGACCCGGGACAAGAACUGCAAGUUGCCCAUCCCCAAGGGCUGCAUGGGAUUCCCCCUGGUCGGAGAGACUUUCCACUGGAUCCUGCAGGGCUCAGAUUUCCAGUCCUCCAGGAGAGAGAAAUACGGAAAUGUCUUUAAGACCCACUUGUUGGGUCGCCCUCUGAUCAGGGUGACGGGAGCAGAGAACGUCAGGAAGAUUCUCAUGGGUGAACAUCACUUGGUCAGCACCGAGUGGCCCCGAAGCACCAGGAUGUUACUGGGGCCAAACAGCCUGGCCAACUCCAUCGGCGAUAUCCACAGGCACAAGCGUAAGGUGUUUUCCAAAAUCUUCAGCCAUGAUGCAUUGGAGAGUUACCUUCCCAAAAUACAGCUAGUCAUCCAGGACACCCUACGUGUUUGGAGCAGUAACCAAGAGUCCAUCAAUGUCUACUGUGAGGCGCAGAAGUUGACCUUCCGCAUGGCCAUUAGAGUUCUCCUUGGCUUCAGGCUCUCUGAUGAGGAGCUGAGUCGGCUCUUCCAAGUGUUUCAGCAGUUUGUGGAGAACGUCUUCUCGUUGCCAGUGGAUGUUCCUUUCAGCGGGUACCGGAGGGGCAUUCGAGCACGAGAGACGCUACUGAAGAGCCUGGAGAAGGCAAUCCAAGAGAAGCUGGAGAACAAUCAGGGCAAAGAUUAUGCCGAUGCCUUGGACAUCCUGAUCGAGAGUGGGAAGGAACAUGGGAAGGAACUUACUAUGCAAGAGCUAAAGGAUGGCACCUUGGAACUCAUAUUUGCAGCUUAUGCAACGACUGCCAGCGCCAGCACAUCUCUUAUAAUGCAAAUGCUCAAGCACCCAUCUGUGUUAGAGAAACUAAGGGAAGAACUGCGAGGGAAUGGCAUUCUGCACAAUGGCUGUGUCUGUGAAGGUGCUUUGAGAGUGGAGACCAUUAGCAGCCUUCAUUACCUGGACUGCGUCAUUAAAGAGAUACUUCGACUUUUCAGUCCUAUCUCUGGGGGUUACAGGACUGUGUUGCAGACAUUUGAGCUCGAUGGCUGCCAGAUCCCCAAAGGUUGGAGUGUUUUAUACAGUAUCAGGGACACUCAUGACACAGCUCCAGUAUUCAAGGAUGUUGAUGUCUUUGAUCCAGAUCGUUUUGGUCAGGACCGCACAGAAGAUAAAGACGGCAGGUUCCACUACCUCCCAUUUGGUGGAGGGGUAAGAAAUUGUUUGGGAAGACACUUGGCUAAGCUCUUCUUAAAGACCUUGGCAAUUGAGCUGGCCAGCAUGAGCAGGUUUGAACUUGCCACCAGGACUUUUCCCAAAAUCAUGCCAGUUCCUGUGGUCCACCCAGCUGAUGAACUAAAAGUUAGGUUUUUUGGACUUGAUUCCAAUCAGAAUGAAAUAAUGACAGAGACAGAAGCAAUGCUGGAGGCCACUGUGUAGCAUUCAUCCCACCGGCUUCAGAAAAAUAUUCCAUUCGGGUGAAGACAAAAUGGGCAAUAAGCACACAGACAAAUAUGCUAAAAAAAAAAAGUUACAGCAAAGUUAUAUCUACAAUACUAACUUAAAAUACUCAGCCACCAAACCAUGAAUAUCUUAUCUCUGUGGAAUGCUAAACUCUAAGUAUAUUAACAUAUAUUCACCAAGGGAGAACCUGGAUCCAUGCCCUUUAAUUGGGAGUCUUGUUGCUGAUAAGGUGGAGAAGACCUGCUGAUAAAAGGACUUGACAUGAAUCGUUUUGCAUUGCUGGUUGGUCACAAUGAUGUUUAAUAGGGGCAGUUGUUUUUGUAAGGUGGUUCCAGCAUUAUAAAAAGCCUUCUUCUAGGAGGGGCAUCACAGUAUUACAUUCAUCAGGGAUAACAGAUUUUCUGUUGUUUUGACAUCUGCCUUAUUUUACUUUAUCUGACAGCUUUUGGAUUAAAUGUCUGUAUGUCUGGUCGGUAAACUGUGCAUGCUGCUGAAACAAUGCAAAUAAGCCUAGAGUUUACACUUAGACCAAACAAAGCAAGCUCGCUCCAGAACACUCUCAUUACAAGUUGACUUUGAAUUUGAAACGUUUCCAAAAUGCUUGACGCUACUAAUUCUUUGGUGUUCUUAAAAGCAAAGCAAAUGGACUGAAGGAUCACAUCUAUUGUACUCUACUUAUACAGGCAACCAAACCAAAAGACAUUUUCCCAGUGCAGUUGAAAUGAUGUUGGUGCUCAAAAGCCUAGAGAUGAUGUAGUUGCCAUGCAGAAUGGCCUCGUGGGUAAAGAUUUAUUGAUGCUGAAUUUUACAUUCCAAGGGUUUCUUGGCAGCAACUGGGCAGAUAGAAUUGGGACAAUGAUAGAAAGUUUGACAUUUAUGUUGUCAACAAAUUGCCCAAAUAAAUUUUUUAUUUGGGAAAACUUCAAGAAAAAAAAUUAAAAGAAUUAUUUUUCAAUUCAGCCGAAUGCCAAAUUUUCUAGAUCCAGAAUCAGAUUUGCAGAUUUAAAUUCUAAUGAGGGGUUUGGAGCAUUCCUUCUAAAAGUCAUGCACUUCCCAAAUUCACAAGGAGAAGCACCUUUUUCAACAAAAUAUUUUGUUUAUCAACUAAAAUUUGACCAGAUAUGGAAAUUAAUCCAUAUUUAAAUUCCAGCAAAAUCUUAACACCUAAAAAAAAUGCUGAAUCUUAUAUCUAAUGAGGAUAUGGUGCAUGUCUUCUAAAUAUUACAUAUUGGCCAAAUUCAUAGAGAGGAACAUUGGAUUUCAUGUUUUCAACGUUAUUCAAUUUUUUCAUCUCAAAUUUCAGACAAAUCUUGGAAAGAAUCCAGACCCGAUUUUCUAAUUCAAAUCUGAGAACCUCCUCCUGAAAAUGCCAUCUCAAAAAACUCAUGGGGGGAAUAUCUGAUUUCAUUUUACCUCACCCGCGGAAUUUUUAUUGUUAAAUUGCAGAACCUCAUUUGUGGUAAUAAUUUUAAUUUUUACUUUCCAAAAUUGUUUUUAAACAUUUUUUAUAUAGACCAUUUAUUUAUUGUGUUUUUGUUCAGAACUUUUUUUGUUCCUCUUCAAAUCUGUCAAACCAAUGUCUGCUUGCCACAGUUCUUGAUCCUAAUAGCUGGCAGGGAAAACAAAACAAAGAUAUGGAUUACAUUUUUCAACAGAAAUUAAAGUUAGUGGCAAAUUGCAAUUGAAUAUCACAGUCAACGUCAUGCUAACUCCUAAUUUUAAAGAUGAAUAUCUCUUUCAAGUGAAUUCUGUAUGACCUUUACUUUACUGAAUGCCAAAAUAAGUUUCCCACUGGAUGAACAUCUGAUCUUACGUCAGAUUUUGGUUCUAAAUGGGUCCACGUUGGAUUUCAGUGAUAGGUACCAGGAAGCCAAGCCAACAUACAUUAG